AUGGCAAACAGGACCACAGUGAGGGAAUUCAUACUGUUGGGGUUGACUGACAACCAUCAAUUUGAAGUUAUCCUUUUUCUCCUCCUGUUUGGAAUUUAUCUUUUGACAUUAAUUGGAAACAUGCUGAUUAUUAUUAUCACAUUGCUGAAUGCUCAACUUCAUAACCCAAUGUAUUUCUUCCUCCGACACGUGGCAUGGGUGGAGAUUGGGUAUACAAGUAACAUCAAUCCCAAAACAUUGGCCAACAUAGCCACUGGCAGUAAGAGCAUCUCUGUAGCUGGUUGCAAAAUACAGAGUUUCCUUUGUUUUGUCCUUGGCGUCACUGAGUUCCUUCUACUGGCUGCAAUGUCUGUUGACCGAUACAUAGCAAUCUGUAACCCUCUUCACUACUCAACCAUCAUGAAUGGACGAACCUGUUCAUUAUUGGUACUUUCUUGCUGGGCUGGGGGGUUAUCGCUAAUUCUAGUUCCAGCCUUUUUUUUGUUUCAAAUGCCAUUUUGUGGUCCUAACAUCAUCAACCAUUUCUAUUGUGACUCUGGACCACUACUCAAACUAGCAUGUGGUGAUACCAGGCUCGUAGAACUGAUUGAUUUUGUGACUGCCAUACUGUCUCUGCUUGGGACCUUAAGUGUCAACAUUGUGUCUUAUGUCAAAAUUAUUUCCACAAUUCUGCGCAUCCCAUCAACUACAGGGAGGAAGAAGACCUUCUCCACCUGUACUUCUCACAUGACUGUGGUCUCCCUCAUUUACAGCAGUUGUAUUUUCAUGUACAUCAAGCCAAAAGGCACCAGCAAAUUAGAGUUCAACAAAAUAGUGGCUCUUUUGAAUACGAUCAUAGCUCCUCUUUUGAUCCCAUUCUUAUACUGUUUGAGGAACAGGCAAGUGCAGGAUGCUUUGAGGGCUGAAGUGAAACAAUGGAUUGGGUUUUGGAAGAAAUUGAGAUGA